AUGACACUUUUGCUUCUCGCCUGCCUGCUGGCUGUCUUCCCAGCGGUUUCCAUGAAGAGUCCCAUAUUCGGUCCCCAGGAGGUGAGCGCUGUGGAAGGCAACUCCGUGUCCAUCAAGUGCUACUACCCAGACAACUCUGUUAAUCGGCAUUCCCGGAAGUAUUGGUGCCGGCAGGAAGCUGCGGGCCACUGCAUAACCCUCCUCUCCUCAGGGGGCUUCACCUCCAAGAACUACACUAACAGAGCCAACCUCACCAACUUCCCGGAGGACCACGUGUUUGUGGUGAACAUUAUACGUGUCUUCCAGAAUGACACUGGGAAAUACAAGUGUGGUCUGGGCGUAAAUAACCGAGGCUUGUCCUUUGAUGUAAGCCUGGAGGUCAACAAGGCUCCUGAGCUCUCCAGUGACACUCAGCUCUACACAGAGAAGCCGGGCAGAAAUGUGACCAUCAACUGCCCUUUCAAGGAAGAGAACAUCCAGAAGAAGAAGUCCUUGUGCAAGAAGACUGGCCAAGACUGUGUACUAAUCACUGACUCCAGUGGGUAUGUGAACCCCAAGUACAAGGACAGGGCACGCUUUGAACAGUACAGUACGAACCAACUAAAGUUCGGCGUCGCCAUCGACCGAGUCCGGCCUGAGGAUGCUGGGGUGUAUGUGUGCAGUGCCGGGGAAGAGAACAGGGAUGUGGAUCUCCAAGUGCUGAAGCCGGAGCUCAGGCUGGUUUAUGGAGACCUGAGGGGCGCGGUGAACUUUGACUGUGCCCUGGGCUCUGAGACGGCAACAGUGCCCAAAUUUCUGUGCCGGGUAGGUACCGGGGAAAGCUGUGAUCUGGUCAUCAACACCCAGGGGAAGAUAGCUCCAGGCUUUGAGGGCAGGAUACUGCUCACCUCCGUGGACAAGAAUGGCUCCUUCAGCAUACUGAUCAAUGGCCUGAGGAAGGAGGACGCGGGGCGCUACCUGUGCGGAGCCCAUCCUGCCAAUCUGGUGGAGGAAAGCUGGCCCCUCCAGGCUUGGCAGCUCUUCGUUAAUGAGGAGACCAACAUUCCCCAUAGUCCCUCUGUGGUGAAAGGUGUGCCCGGGGGCUCUGUGACUGUCCUCUGCCCCUACAACCCUAAGGAAACCAACCAACUGAAGUCCUGGUGUCGCUGGGAAGAUACUCAACAUGACAGAUGCCCACUGUUGGUGGAGAGUAAGGGGCUGGUUAACCAACAGUAUAAGGGCAGGCUGGCACUGUAUGAAGAGCCGGGCAAUGGCACCUACACCAUCAUACUCAACCAGCUCACUACUCAGGACGCUGGCUUCUACUGGUGUCUGACCAAUGGUGAUAGUCGCUGGAGGUCCACUGUGGAGCUCAAGGUUGUUGAAGGAGAACCAAACCUAAAGGUACCAGAGAAAGUCACUGCUUCAUUGGGAGAGACGCUCAAGCUCCCCUGCCACUUCCCAUGCAAGUACUACUCAUACGAAAAAUACUGGUGCAAGUGGAGCAAUAGGAGCUGCCAGAACCUGCUCAGCCAAGAGGAAGGCCCCAGCCAGGCCCUUGUGAACUGCGACCAGAACAGCCAGCUUAUCUCCCUGACACUGAACUCAGUCACUAAGGCUGAUGAGGGCUGGUACUGGUGUGGAGUGAAGCAGGGCCACAGUUACGGAGAGACCGUGGCUGUCUACGUGACGGUAGAGGAGACAACAAACGGUGAGUCUCCAGGGUCCCACGAUGUCAGCCAAGCAAGUGCUGCUCCCAGAACGGAGGUGGUGGAGGCAAAUGUACGGGAGUUAGGGAACAAAGCCGUCCAGGAUCCCAGGCUUGCUGUGGUCGAGGAUUCUGAAGAUCCACCUGGUGGAAGCAGCGUGAACACAUAUCCCAGCAGUGCCGAAGGACAAGGCAGGGGCUCCUCAGUGCUGGUCUCCACCCUGGUGCCCCUGGCCCUGGUGCUGGUGCUGGGGGCUGUGGUUGUGGGGAUCCUCAGAGCCCGGCACAGGAAAAAUGUUGACCGAGCUUCAAUUAGAAGCUACAGGACAGACAUUAGCAUGUCGGACUUGGACAACUCCAGGGAUUUUGGCACCAAUGACAACAUGGGAGCCUCUCCAGUCGCUGGAGAGACAUCCCUCAGAGGACAAGAUGACUUCAUCGACACCACAGAGAGCACCAUGGACCACGAAGAACCCAAGAAGGCAAAAAGGUCAUCCAAGGAGGAAGCCGACAUGGCCUACACUGCCUUCCUGCUCCAGUCCAACAAGAUAGCUGCAAGUGUCCAAGACGGCCCCCGCAAAGCCUAA